AUGGGGGGUGCAAUUUCGUCAAGGCGGAUACUUUUUUCCGCCUGGGCAGCUUUGUUACCUUUAGGAGGGGAGAUUGGAAGAGGGCACAAACCAUUUGCGGAGGGCAUCCUGAGGAUAUUCCCAAAGAACGACUCGAUAGACGGCAUACUGAUACACCUGCCUUAUAAGUUUAUAAAGCAUAGGGUUCACAGCAGGGGGAUAUACCUUCAUGCCAAUUUUGAUGACCUCGAUUCGGUGAUAAAUUUGGUCGAAAUGCAGAAGAAGGUUGCCAACUUGCAUUGCAAUUUGAGGAAAGAGAAGGGGGAAUACAUCCGGGGGAGGGACUCUCAGGGGGGGGACUCUCAGGGGGGGGACUCUCAGGGGAAGGCCCCCCAGGGGGAUGACUCCGAGGAGAAGGACUACCAGGGGAAGGCCCCCCAGGAGAAAGCCACCCAGGCGAAGGCCCCCCAGGAGAAAGCCCCCCAGGGGAAGGCCCCCCACGGGGAAGAAGUGCUAAUUACGAACAAUUGUGUCCUCUUUGUUGACAUCAAAUAUAAAGACAGUUUAAAAAAUAUUUUCAAGUUCAUGGAUUAUAUACACAAACAUACAAGUGCCACAGCGUUGGUUUUUAUUUGUGAUAACUUUUUAUAUGACAACGAGAUAUAUAACCCACAUGAGGACCUGAACACUACAAUCCUGCAUUCCAGUGUGCUGACCUACUUGGUGCCAUACGACUCCAUGAUAGAUUAUCAGCAGAAGGAUCAGUACGACAAAUUCACAUUUGAGUUGUAUUGGGGAAUCACAAAUAAGAGUGAUAUUGUACACAUAAAUUAUCACUUAGAUUUUGGGAAAUAUUUUAACUACACUUUUUUUCACUACAUGAAAAAUUUUCUCCUCGAUUUGAAGGAGCAUAUAACAUACGAGAUUCAUUUUAGCAUCCACAAAAAUUUCACCAUAGACCCCCGCUUUUGUUUCAUCCGUGAUUCGUCCUACUGCAUAAGCAAGCCUGACUACAUGAACUCCAACGUUGUGCGGGAAGUGGUGGAGCAGCAGGUCCGCAGCCUGUGCGUCUACCAAUUGACCGCCAUGGGGGGAGGAGACGACUCCAAGCAGGGGGAACCACCUGAACAGGAGGAACACAUCACAAAGGGGGAGCACCUUCCAAGUCACGUACAGAACAAACGGUUCAGUGAAAAAUUCAUUCAGUAUAUAAAUGCCCUGUUCGAUUUUGGGUUCGAAAAAAAUCUGUGUUCUAGUGGGUCAAACGAUUUGUCGAAAAAAUGUUCAGAUAAAAUUUUAGGUCACUUGGGAGUACCCGUACAGGAGGUCAAUAAAUGCUUUCUAAAAAAUUUCCAUGCCUACAUGAAGGACAUGAUAAAAACCAAGUUUUAUGUUUACUCGAUAGAGAUAAAUGGGCAGACGUACAAGCUGAAGCUGAACAAGGAUGUUAGCAUCCGGCUGAUCUGUUCGGCCUUCCGCGUCAUGCCCAAGCGCUGCGCGGACUACCUUGCGGGCGGCGUGUACGGCACCUCCCUUGUGCGGAAGAAGAGCAAGAAGAAGGAGCUGGUGGCCUUCUACAUCCUCCUGCUCCUGGUGCUAUCGCACAUCUUAGGGACUCUCCUGAACUACGUGUAA